AUGGAAAUUGGUGUUGCAGCUGCUGGUGUUGCGGCGGCCGGCUUGAAGCUGUUGGGCUACAACCGCUCCAACUUCUUCCAGAACCUCAAGCUGAAGCAAAGCCGCAAAUUCCGGCGGCAGCAGAUCAUCACUGCCCAGGCGGAGCUCUUCCGGUCGGACGUGCAGCAGGUGAUCGGCUCCUCUGUGACGGUGCAGGAGCGGCUCAGUGUGGUGUCUGCCCUUAUGCUGGUGGCCGCAACCCACGCAUACGGGCUCAGCAUGCCACCAGAGACCGCGGACUUUUUGGAGGGCCUCUUCUACCUGAACCUCAGUAAUUCUACCCUGUACUUCCUUUUGGCAUUGUUUUCCUCCAUCUCGGCUUCCAUCCUCGCUCGGACCUCGCAGAAGGUGCUUCUCAACAAUUGCGUACGACCACCUUUCGAGGAGAUGAUGGCUGCGGUGGAUGAGGGAGAGGAAGAAGAAAGUGCCGAGCGUUUCGAACGGCAAGAUGCUUCAACCUUGUUCAGGAUCCCCGGCAGCGAGGCCCUGCUGCGGCGCUUCGGCUCGGAGCUGCUGCACCGGCGCCAGCGGUUUGCGGAGGCGGCUGGUCAAAAUUCGCUGCAGCGGCUUCUUCUGCGCCAGCAAAACAACGACGAAGCCUUGCAGCGGCUGCAGUACCUCUGGGAUGACCUGGCAGCUUACACGCCUUACUACCUGGGUUGGGGCCUGCGGAACUUGCUGAACGCUUAUGCGCCGGGUCCCUGGUCGCUCCGAGAGCGCGAGCUAUGGGAGCCAGUUCGAAGCCAUGGGUUUGUACUACAGCGCCAUGUACAACUACGUCUUCGUGGUGCAUUUCUUUUGGAUGUUGGUUGCGCUCGCCCUGAGCAUCUUGACAGAGGCGAUGAUGCCUACCAGCUGCCUGCAGAGUUUGUUGGAGAACCUGCUGCUUGUUCUGGGCUUGGGUGCCAGCCUCCUCAAUGUGCGCCAGUCCAUGCUCAAAGCCAAGACCUGGUGGCGCGAGGAGGGCCUGAAUCACGAGAUUUGCAUCUCCAUCGUAGCGGUCUUCAUUUGCCAGCUUGGCUUGUCAGUGUGUGCUCAUGUGCGCUUCUACCGGAACACACAAGGUUCUUCCGUUUUGCAGACACUUGGGGAUAUGGGCGGCAGCUCGAAUCUGGACUUCUCAGAUGA